AUGGACUAUGCCGAGGACCAAGAGAUCUACAACAACGGUGGCAGCUACGGCUCCUCUAAAAUGCCAAUGGCAGCGGAUCAUUCAAGACGAGCGUCUGUCAGCGCCUCAGGCCGUCGACGAAAGUCAGCAUUGACCAAGUCACCCCUCCAAAAGCUGGAGCUGACGCUCGAUAGUAUGACCAAGGAACAAAAGCGCGCGCGCGUAGAGGCCGCCGAGAAGCGGGCAAGAAGCAGGCAACAGCGGGCUGUAGGUGUUGAGCCAUACCAAGAGCCCGAGCCUGCGAUCCAAGAGCCAGUCACACAUGCCCGCAAGCCGUCCGUCACCUACUCCGACUCGAGAGCUGCUCCAGUCUCCGUACCUGGCCCGGCACAUCGGCACCAGCCAGGCCCCAGAGACGACGCCAAUCGGCAUAUACCGGCGGCCAAUGUACCAGGGCGGCGCCAUUACCUCGAAGGAAGUGAACGUGAUCCUGUUCAACAAACGCAGCAAGCGACGAAGAGCCGAGUGCCCGCCCAUGUUCCUUCCGAGGAACCAUUCGAACCCGCGCUCCCGCAACGGAAUUUGAGCUUUCGAGAGCGCACAGCUCGGGACGAAAUCCAUCUGCUCCCCGAGCGGGACGCGCAGCAACCUCAACAACAAACGCAGCCGGCGAGUGGUUUUUCUUUGACACGCUCUGGCAGUAACAAGCUCAGAAAAGAGCCACCGGGGAAUUCAUGGGCACACUCGAGCACGGAAGCUGAACAUCUCGGCGCUGAGCCACGGAGAAGGGACGAGGCAAGUUUGCCUAGAAAGGCGCCCUCCACUACUAUAUCAGCACAAGGACACCUGCCGCAGCGACUUCGGGAUAAGCAGCUGCCCCCAGAGCCUCAAGAGUUCAAGCGACAUGCUACUGUAACGGCGCCGCGCAACGCCGUCUCUGCGUACCAGGACCAGCCAUUACAGUCCGUUCAGAGGAGAGCCACAGAGCCUUCGCACAAGAGCCAACAGGAUGAUGAGAGCUAUUUCCCACCUGUUGCUCGUCCCGGGGUAUUCAUGAUGCGAGGUCAACCUCACGAAGAUCCUAUCACACCCCAAUACGCAGCAGGGCGGCGCAAAAUGGAGAGGGAGGAUGAUCCUGCGUACAGCGAACCUCGACAACAUCGUAUAUCCGAUAUGCUAUACAGAGACCGGCAAGACAUGGGCCCUGGUGAUGGGCUGUACUUGCCUCCCCAGUGGUUGACUGAAUGGCAGCGCGCGCCCGUCGGCCAGCUCGCAGACUCUGCUCUCAAUUUGGUAAAAGAGAAGCCCUCAUCGCAGGACCAGAAUAAGGCGUGGUGGGAAGGUGGAAGAAGCAACGGUACAUCACUGUCCAAACAGCGCAAAGCCGAGACAAUCCAUCCGGGGCACAACGACCUCAACGGACCAACCCAAUUUCGGCCACCGCUGUACCUGGAAUGCGGCCCCUUGCUCCGCUACUGUGGCAUGGAGACUGAGAAGACGGGAGUGGUGAAUAGGGACGUCACAGACAGGGAAUUUUGGCGAGGCAGCGUGAUGAUUGUGACCCGCGAUUCGGAGUCGUCCUACGAAAUACCGCCGAUAUUGCGUCUCUUCCUCCAGGAUCUCGAGUUGCUGCCGGCGGCGCCUCAUCACAUCAACGGGGAGCUGUCUCCAGAGUACGUCGAUCCUAUCGCAGGACAUCCGAAAACAGGUCGCAGAGGGGAGACGCUGUUUGUGCGGCCUGUCGAUCACCUCGAGGAAGGUAGAGAUCUGUCCCAAGUCGAGACCGACGAUGGCCUCUUUGAAGCGUCCAGGAGUGCGCCCGAUAUGAUGCCUGGGGACGACACUUCCGACUACCCUGGCAGCUUUGCCAGCCGCAUGAAGCGUGCUGAAAUGGACGGUGAGAAGCUUGGUAAAUUCGCAGAGGUCAAGGGCUUCCGACUUCAUGCUGAGAGGGGCUGCACAUUCUGGCGCUUCAACAUUGAAAUUGAGCUGCGGGAGAGACAGCAACGCAUUGCUUAUCGUAUCAACAAGGGACCAAGCAAUUCCUUCUGGGUACCAGCUCGUGGUCACAGCAUGAACACCAUGUUUCACAGUUGCAAUGGCUUCAGUCUUGAUGCGAACCCGGAUGCGCUCAGCGGCCCGGAUCCCAUGUGGAGAGACGUGCUAAACAAUCAUCAGACCACGCCGUUCCAUGUAAUGGUCGGUGGCGGUGACCAGAUCUACAACGAUGAUGUUGCUGAGGAGUGCGACCUCUUUAUCGACUGGCUUGAGAUCAGGAAUCCACUGAACAAGCACAAUGCGCCAUUGACACCGGAGCUGCAGACACAGCUGGAGGAUUUCUAUUUCCGCCGCUACUGUCAAUGGUUUUCCAUGGGUCUGUUUGGCCUUGCCAACUCACAGAUCCCCAUGGUUAACAUCUGGUCUGACCGGGAGAGCUUUAACGGAUUUGGCUCGUAUCCCCACAGGGACAUGAACUCGCCGGUUCUGUCUGGCUUGGGUGCCGUUGCUUUCAAAUAUUAUAUGCUCUUCCAACACCAGAGUAUCAUUCCGGAAACCGAGGAGACGGAGCCCAGCUGGAUUCUAGGCACGGAGCCGGGGCCUUAUGUCAACGAGAAGUCACGCAGUAUCUAUGUGUCGCUCGGUUCGAAACUGGCACUCUUGGCCGCAGAUUGCCGUACUGAACGCACAGAGGACGACGUGAUCAAGGACGACACGUGGGAGAAAAUCAUGAAUAGGCUGUACGCCGAGGUGAGAAGGGGCCAAGUUGAGCAUUUGCUCGUCGUUCUGCCGAUACCAAUCGCAUACCCCCGGCUAGAGUGGUUGGAGAAUAUCCUAACUUCCCGAGCUCUGGGCCCUGUCAAAGCCUUGGGCAGGAGAGGUCUGCUGGGCAAUGCGCUCAACAAGAUCGACAGCGGUUCAGAGGUGAUGGACGAUCUCCGUGAUCACUGGACGGCGAAGAACCACAAGCACGAGCGCAGUAUCGUGGUCGAAGACCUUCAAGAUCUUGCUAUCGACAAGUCGCUGCGUGUCACGGUACUCAGCGGUGAUGUGAAUAUGGCCGCUGUUGGCCAAUUCUACUCCAAUCCCAAGCUCAAGCUGCCCAAGCAUAAGGAUCCUCGCUACAUGCCCAAUAUCAUCUCUUCGGCCAUUGCGAACGCGCCCCCACCAGACAUCAUGGCGGACGCGCUGAACAAGCGCGAUAAAAUCCACCACUUUGACAAGCAGACCGACGAGAGCAUGAUUCCCCUGUUCCACCAUGAUGUUGACGGCAAGGCCAGGAACAACAAGAGGCUGCUACCACACCGCAAUUGGUGCUCCAUAAGACAAUGGGUGCCUGGCACAACGCCACCUCCAACGCCCCCGCUGCAAGCUGCUGAUUCCCCGACCAACGAAGCGGCCGGAGGCGGCGGCGGUCUUCUGCGAAGGUUGUCUCUGAGCGGAGGAAUCAGGCCUGACACCUCAAAAGGAUCUGUGGACCGCUCGCGGCCACCAGUUGCCGGUGGCGGUCUACUACGGACCCUCUCUCGGCGACUGUCUCGCAGUGGGUCGCAGGAUGGCGUGCGGCCGAAGAAGUUAGUAAGAACAAUGUCUUUGGAUCGAGAGCAAGGAGACGCAGCGCAGCCGGCAGAGAAGCGAGGACUUUUCGGCUUUGCGCGACGUGGUAGCCUGCGCAGUCCUGAUGAUGGGGGCAUCAAUGGGCAAUGGGGCGAUGAUGAGGCGGACGCCAGAUACCCGGACAGGACUGAAGGGCCGCCUGAAGGAUAUGACGAUGGCGAAUUUCCGCGCGAGAGACGAGGACUGUUUGGCAGUCUUGGGCGUCGUCUGAGUCUCAGCCGAAAUCGCCGAGACCAGCAUGAAGACGACGAGUACGAAGAUGAGAUUAACCAGAGGCACGCGCCGCCCCAGCCUCGCCAGUCUCAGGACUAUUGGGAAGAAGAGCCACUGUCACAGAAGCGCGGCUUAUUCAGCGGUAUUGGUCGCCGCUUGAGCCGCAGCCAAAGGCGAACAGAUGAUGGUGGCACCAAUAGCCACUGGAACGACUACGAUGACUAUGAUGGCUAUCCGGACCAUCGAGAAGGACAGGGGCAACAACCAGCUGUUGCCUUUGAUGAUGAUGAGCCGCCAGAGAGACGCGGUUUCCUCCCGUUCGGUCGACGGACCAGCCAACGCCACGCACAUGACGAUUAUGACGAUUACGAUGAUUACGCCGAGCCUCGCCACCAGAGGCCUCACCGUCAGAAGCUAGGAUUAAGAGGCGGUGGUUUGGACGAUGAAUACUCAGACGGCGACGAGACCCGAUUCACAGCUCAGACGCCCCGGCGUGCACAGACUUUGCCUGUGGGCGCCCAGCGCACUGCUGGUGUCGAGGAGGAAAUACCGCCCCAGGCUUUGCGACCCUUCCACCGCACGCCAACCGGACUCUCAAUCAAGCAGCUGCGGAAGCCAGGUAACCACGAGAUUGACCUGGAAGGAGGACUGGAUAUCUGUCUGAAUGUCGAGGUUAACCCCCGCGACCCCACGGGUAUCACAGUGCCUUACCGCCUCCUUGUACCCAAGCUGUUCUAUGAGUACAGUCCUGAGGAGGAGGACGCUCCGCUAGAAGAACCAGCUACUGGCGUGAAUUUGACCCCCAGGAGAGUCCUGAGCUUUCCGCAUCUGCUCGUCGGUGUGUGGAUGGUUGUGUUGCUCUGGGGCGAACGAUGGGUGUUUGACAGCCGGGUGGCAAGCUGUGACUGGGACCAUUGGGAAGACUGGCCCAAGGAUGCUACGCCGCACCAUUUGAUCUUCGUCGCCGACCCCCAGAUCAUCGAUCCGCACUCCUACCCCGGUCGACCGUGGCCAUUGUCACCGCUCACGCUCCUCGUCACCGACAACUAUCUUCUACGCGGAUACAAAGCGCUGCAGUACCACCUCACACCCGACAGCCUAUUCUUCCUGGGCGAUCUCUUUGACGGCGGGAGGGAAUGGAGCACGGCGCGAGGCGAGUUUGUCGAUCCGAAAUGGGGACGACAGCGCAGCGGCGAGGAGAAGGCGUGGGUGGACACGUGGCACAGAAAAUACGGCGAAGACUACUGGCUGGGCGAGUACGCGCGGUUCGGAAACAUCUUCUUCGAUCACUUUAACGAGGGCGGACAGCAUCCCGGCAAAUGGCAACGUGGAAAGAAGCUGGUGGCCAGCCUGCCGGGGAACCACGACUUGGGCUUCGGCGCACAGGUGCAGGUCCCCGUGCGUGACCGAUUCGAGGCGUUCUUUGGGGAUGUGAACCGGGUGGAUGUUGUAGGGAAUCACUCCUUUGUAUCGGUGGACUCUGUCUCGCUGAGCGCGGACGUCAGCGAGUACAGGGACGCUAAGGACCUGACGCCCAUCUACGGGCCCGUGAACGAGUUCCUCGACAAGGCGCAAGACAUCAAGCGGAAGAGGGUGCACGAGGAGCUCAAAGUGUGGCACGGUGAUAUGAGCGUUGGGUACGGGCACAAGGUCGAGGGACUGGACGCGGCGAACGCCUUUUCAAAGAAGGACGUCUCAGGCGUGGGCGACCUCCCCACGAUCCUCCUGUCGCAUGUCCCGCUCUGGAGACCGGCUGGUACACCUUGCGGCCCACGCCGCGAGCACUGGCCGCCCGCGAAGUCACCCAAGGGCCAGACUGAGCCUGUCAAUCCGGACCAUCGAAAUGCGCUGUCCAUUUCUGCCGGAUACCAGUACCAGAACGUCCUGUCCGAGUCUGAUUCGAAGAAGCUGUUUGAAAAGGUGGGCAACGUUGUCAAUGUAUUUUCCGGGGAUGACCACGACUACUGCGAAAUCCUGCAUCCGAAUGGGGCUCGUGAAAUCACAGUCAAGAGUCUGAGCAUGGCCAUGGGCGUGCCGACGCCUGGCUUCCAGAUGCUCAGUCUCUGGAACCCUGUUGACGCCCACGCACACCGUCUCAGCGAGGGACCAACGGUGCAGACACACCUUUGUCUAUUGCCCAAUCAGUUGCAUACAUACAUGCGCUACGUCGGCUUCAUCGUCGUUUCGCUCGUCGUCCUCGCCGUCCGUGCCAUGUUGGUUCCCGUCCUGAACCUCCAACCUUUCGCUCUUGAGCAGCAUGAAAUGGCCGGACCGCCACUGCUCCCAACCUCCAAGGGGAAACAUAAGAUGGAGCCCCCCAUAACACAGUCCGGCAGCUCCGCUUGGGCGCCUCGCGCGCGAGCCUCCAGCCUGACAGGUUGGGCGUCCAGCAAGCGCCGUGGUGGGCCCUCCGCCGGCCCACGAAUCCGUCUCGACGAAGACCUAUACGACAACCGCCGAGGCAAGGUCGAUGGACGACGCGUCCUGGGCACCGUGGGCAGAGAGAUGUGGACGAUGACCUGGAGAGUGACGUGGAUGGCGUUGUUGUGGUUUGCGUUCUUGGCCCGAGAGCGGUGA